AUGGUAGGUUUAGUAUACCUUUUGUUCAGCCUUGCCGGCCUCCGAUAUGCAUCUGCUGCUAUCUUACCACAGCCAGCCGCCGAAAGUCAUUCUCGUCGAAAUGGUCUUCUCGGAUUAGGAAAUGUCCCAGUCUUGGGUCCCUUGGUUGAUAAAGUCACUUCAACCCUUUUACCAACCGACAAAUCGAAUACGCGAAAAUCGAUUUCUGGCACAGGUUCUGUCAAGGUGGUUCUAGAUUACGGCGAUUUCAAUGGAAAUACUAAUAACCAUGUGGACCAGUUUUAUGGGAUUCCUUAUGCUGAACCACCUGUGGGCGCACGUAGGUUGACAAAUCCCAUCUUUCCUUUGGGAAAGUAUCCGAAUUUUGAUGCAACAAGGACACCACCUAGUUGUGCUCAGCAAGUCCUUACGGGAGGAGGCAACAUACUCUUUAACAUUGCAACUGUUGUGACUGAUGAACUAGACAAACUUCCGAUUUAUGGACCAGGAAUCGGAGGUCAAGAAGACUGUCUUACUUUAGAUGUCUUACGUCCUACAGGAGUUCAAAAAGGAGCCAAGCUGCCUGUCAUGUUUUGGAUCUACCCAGGAGAUUUUGCAUUCGGUUCAUCAACACUUCUUCAAGGUAACACCUGGGUCGAAAAAAGUGUUGCUUUGGGAAAACCUGUCAUCUUUGUUGCAAUUAACCACAGAAUGGGUGCCUUUGGGUUCCUGGGAGGAAAACAAGUUGGGGCUGCAGGAGUUGGUAAUCUUGGGUUAAAAGACCAACGUCUUGCGAUGAAAUGGGUUCAAAAAUAUAUUUCCGAGUUUGGUGGAGACCCUACUAAAGUGAUGAUCUUUGGUGAAUCAUCUGGUUCGAUUUCUGUUUCUCAUCAUUUGUUUAUCAAUCAUGGAAACAAUGAGGGACUUUUUAGAGCUGCUAUCUGUGAAUCCGGAACUGCUUUUCCAGUUGGAACUUUGGCUGAAGGAGCGGGUCAAACUACUUAUGAUGCUAUCUUAAAAGACACUGGAUGUUGGAACAGGACUGACACACUUGGGUGCUUGCGAAGUGUGAAUUACUCUACUUUAUACAUACAAGUAAGUACUCAUCACACUUCUUAUCACAGCGCAGCAUCAAACCGAUUACCGGGUCCUUUCUCUGGAGGCUCUUACCCCUUGGCCUAUGCACCGUACGUUGAUGGAGAAUUUGUCACAGGAAGUAUGGAUGAUAAUCUCGAUGCCGGAAAAUUUGCACGUGUACCUUUGAUCACCGGAACAGAAGAUGAUGAAGGGACCUUCUUAACGUUAGGUGUGGCACCAUCAAUUCUCACUGAAUCGAAUUUGAAGAAAUAUCUUUCACGCUUGGUACCAAGAGCUACUCAAGAACAAAUCGAUUACGUCACCACUGUUUACCCUCAAGAUCCAACCCAAGGUUCACCUUUCAACACUGGAAUCCUCAAUACUCUCACUCCAGUCUUCAAACAAUAUGCUGCUAUCUUUGGUGAUGUAGGCUUCCAGGGAUUACGUCGGCUCGUCUCGAGGAAGGUGAACAGACAUAUGCCUACUUGGGGUUACAUUGAUCGUGGGAUGAAAUCGAUCCCAAUCUUCGGUACAACACAUACUAUCGAAUUGCUUUCAACUUUUAAUGUUAUUCCAGGACCUAGAGCUAACGAUUUCCAAGCUCGUUGGAUAGCCUUUGCUAAUAAUCUAGAUCCUAAUGUACCAGGACUUCCUAGAUGGGAAAAGUAUGGGGGUAUAAAUGGUACAGAUGAUUUUAGAGGAAACGUACUUCAAUUCCAAUCAUCUGGUUCAACUGGAACUAUCCCUGAUGAUUUUAGAUCAACUCAAAUUAAUUAUUAUUUGGAUAAUCUCAAGACUUUCAGACUUAUUUCUGCCUAA